AUGGAGGCAUUAUCAACACAGACUGUGAUAAGACUGGGAUAUUCCUGCCCAUUUACUGGAUACCAGUGUGGUAACAUUGUAACACCAGGAUAUGCGGGUGGUUGGUUAAACUUCAGCUGGGCUCGAGCAUGGCAUGAGUGGUCCAAAUCUUCUUUUGCUGCACCUCUGAGUGUCCGGAAAUUAUCUGUUUUGCCUCGCUCACGGAAGUUGUGGUCAGAAUCUUUGAGCCAUGACAGAGAUGUCCAUAAGUCGUGGGUACAGUGUGGUAGGCAUGUUCAUGGACUUCUUCUCUCAUGCAAGUCAAUUCCUGGUCUAGGGCAGCAGAGCGAAGAGAAGGUUGAGAAUGAAGACUUAGAAUUUUUCCAGAAAAAAGUACUUACAGUACCAUUUUGUGAUCUUUUACUCCAAGAAGAAGAAGGGAAAAAAGAACCUGAGAGACAGCGAAUUAUUAUUCACAUCCGAGAUGUUAAUGAUGAACCACCUUAUUUCAUCAAUCGGCCAUUACCAAUGCAGUCUGUGGUCCAACUCAAUGCUGCACCUGGUACACCUGUCUUUAAGCUUCAGGCUCGAGACCCUGAUACUGACCACAAUAUCCAUUAUGUUUUAGUUCGAGACAGAAGUAAGAUAGUCUUUGUUCUUUAUGCGCAGGGUCAGAACUCCGGAACACGGGAAUUGGGACUGACCAUGAAGUCUAGAGAAGUGGACACGAGGGUUCAAUUUGAAAUAGAAGAAGAACAACCCCCGGGUACUGUAGUAGGUACAAUACCCACGAAACCCAAUUUUACUUACCGUUUCAAUGAUAAGCCAAAAUAUUUUCAGCUGAAUAAGACAACAGGGACCAUCAGAACUAACGCUGAGAUAGACAGAGAAAAUCUUGUGAGCGACAGAUUCGACCUUGUGAUUUUGAGUAGCCAGCCCACUUAUCCUAUAGAAGUAAGAAUCAAGAUAUUAGAUAUUAAUGACAACGCCCCUGUAUUCCCUGAAUCUAGCUUACAUGUAACAUUUUCCGAAAGCGCCAACAUUGGGACUAGGGUUAUCCUAGACACAGCAACAGAUGGCGAUGUAGGCAUCAAUGACAUAACCACGGAUUACAAAAUAGUUUCUGGCAACGAGGAUGAGGUGUUCAAAUUAGUAGUAACGACGAACCCUAGUGGAGAAACGCCUUAUUUACAUCUAGAAACUACCGGAAGGUUUGACCGAGAAGACAACUCUAAUUAUCAACUGAAUAUUUCUGCUCAAGAUGGCGGAAGUUCGCCAAGAUUUGGAUUUCUUCAAGUUAAUGUUACAAUUCUAGAUGUGAACGACAAUCCACCUAUAUUUGACCAUAGUGACUACUCGGUUAGUUUGAACGAAAGUGUACCUCCCGGUACGACUGUACUACAAGUUCGUGCUACUGAUAACGAUAUAGGCGAUAACGCUAAAAUAACUUAUUUUUUGAGCCAAACAGAGCUUCAGUUUGCAAUAGAUCCACAAACGGGGAUUAUUUCGACUUUGAAUAAUCUAAACUGCCAAAAGGAUUGCCCGGGACCUGAAAAUUGCCCGAAAAGUUGCGUCUUUACUGUUUUCGCUCGAGAUUAUGGCUCACCUAGACAAGACGGACGAACCUAUGUCACCGUGAACCUGCUGGACGCUAAUGACCACGAUCCUAUCAUCCGCUUCCGGUUUUUUCCUGCGACAGCUAAGUAUGCUACAGUGGACGAAAAUGCACAAAAUGGAUCGGUUGUCGCAGCAGUCAGUGUUAUCGAUUUUGAUGAAGGACCAAAUGGAGAGACAGCUGUGGAGAUUCAUGGCGGAAACGAACAGUUUCAUUUCAGAUUAGAAUCAACACCCAGUUUUGAUAUCGUCCGUGUUAAUGGAAUUCUGGAUCGCGAACAGAUUAACAAAUAUAACCUCACUAUCACCGCUAGAGAUAUGGGUUCUCCAACGAGAAGUUCAACAGCAUUUUUGAUUAUCCACGUGAAUGACGUGAACGACCACGAACCCGAUGAAGACACUGGAAUUAAUUCCCACAUUUAUUAUUCAAUAGCCUCCGGGAAUGAAAAACGCUGGUUCAGUUUGGACUUCCAAACAGGUCUUAUUACCACCGCGCAGCCUUUGAACAGAGAAGAGCAAGACUUCGUGGAGCUCAAAAUAUCUGCUCGUGAUGGAGGGCCUAAUCCACUACUGGACAGAGAAAUAAUAUCAUUGUAUACUAUUAAAGUGGUUGCCAUGGAUAAAGGAAUUCCACCUCUUUCUUCGACAGUGACGUUAUUUUUGAAUGUAUUAGAUGUAAACGAUAAUGAUCCAGUUUUUUAUCCCAAACAGUAUUAUGCUGUAGUUAAAGAAGAUGUUCCAAUUGGUACUUCUGUAACCCGUGUUACUGCUGUAGACCAGGAUGAAGGGUCUCCAGAACAAGCAAUAGUGAUGGUUUACGUCCAACAAGAAGAGGAAAACUUCCUGCAGUUCGAGCAACUUUUCGGUUAUAAUUUUUUGGUGGAGGAAGAUUUUGAUGGUAAAGAACCAAAUGUUGGUCGUGAAGUGGGUCGGGUUUCAUUAGUCCAAAACAAACAUUCUUAUGAUGCAAAAUUCUCUAUCGCAUCUGGAAACUUUUUGAAUUGGUUUAAAAUUGAAGAUCGAUCUGGAAUCAUCACCACAGUGCAAGAAGUUGAUCGGGAGGUUCGUUCAGAAGUAAUUCUGACUGUUGUUGCUUAUGGAAGCGUAGGAUUUUCUGAAUCUGUCGUUAAUGUGACAAUACUUGAUGUCAAUGAUUAUCCACCAACAUUUGAAAUUCCCCCAGACAUUGUAAAGAUGUUUGAAAAUUGGCCAAUAGGCCAUGAAGUUCACUUGGUCAAAUGUAGGGAUUUGGAUCUUGGUUCUAAUAGCGAACUUGAGUUCUCAUUAACAACUAAUCCAGAAGAUACUUUUAGCAUCAAUAAAAAUACAGGAGUGAUUUACUUGAAUCGCCCUUUAAGGUUCAUGUCAGGUGCAGAGUAUAGAGUAGAAGUAACUGUUAGAGACAAAGGUGUUCCUUCACUGACUUCUGUGCAAGAACUUGUUGUGAUGGUAGAGGAUGUAAAUGACCACACUCCAGUUUUCGACCAGGUGUCAUACGAAACAUCGGUAUUAGAAUCCACAAAAGUAAAUGACAGGUUUUUUGCUCUACGGGCCUCUGAUGCUGAUUCUACCAAUAAUGGCCACGUUUCGUAUGAAAUUAUAGACGGCAAUGAACAUUCAAAAUUUGGUAUUUUUCCUGAUGGACAGCUUUACGUUAGAAAUGAACUGGAUAGGGAGAGACAGGGUUAUUAUAGUUUAACAGUACAAGCUAAGGAUAAUGGUACAAAACCACGAAGUUCUGAAGUUUCGGUUGUGAUUCAUAUUAUAGAUGAGAAUGACAAUAAACCACAGUUUCGUAACGAUACUUUCACAUUUUAUGUGGCUGAAAACGAACCACCGGACACCUACAUAGGAAGACUUAUCGCCGAUGAUGAAGACAAAGGAAAGAAUGCAGAAUUAUCAUUUUCAAUAACCACCAACCAAAAUGAUUUCACUGUAGAUCCUAAAACUGGACUCAUUCGAACCUUACACGAAUUUGACAGGGAGAAGUUGGUGGAGGUUUCUGGCCAUGAUUACAUAGCCAUAGAAGCCGUUGUGUUAGACGGUGGCUUGAUGAGAUUGAGAGAUGAAGCCAAAGUCAUUGUGUAUAUCACUGAUGUCAAUGAUAAUUCUCCACAGUUCCAGCGCAUACCCUAUCACACUACCAUAUCCGAAGGAGCUUCGUUACAAACUCAAAUUGUUCGUGUUAGCGCUACUGAUAUUGAUAGGGGAGCAAACGGAAACGUACAGUACUCUAUAUUAACUGGAAAUGAUGAAGGAAGUUUUUUAAUUAACUACUCCAGUGGACAAAUUACAGUUGUUAAGACUUUAGAUAGAGAGAGGACACCACGUUUUAUACUAACUGUAUUGGCGACAGACACUGGAGACGAUGUACAACACACCUCAACUGCAACGGUUACAAUUGAUGUCCUGGACGAAAAUGAUAAUCCUCCAGUGUUUCAGGUUUCAAAGCAGUCAGUUGAAAUACCAGAAGAUACACCUGUAGGAUUCAGUAUAUUUACGUUUUCUGCAACUGAUUCUGAUCAAGGAACUAAUGGAGUUGUUUCAUAUUCUAUUGGUUCUGGUAACAUUAAAGAAACCUUUAAAAUCGACGACACGGCCGGAGUGCUUUGUCUUGACCGCCCUCUAGAUUACGAAGAACAGAGCAUAUAUUACCUUAAUAUCAGUGCUAGCGACGGAGGAGCACCAAGGCUGACAUCAAACACACAGUUUAUAAUCAGGGUUACCGAUGUGAAUGACAACCAUCCAAUAUUCCCUAACAUUGCCAUAGUAAGACAGAUAGAAGAAGGAGUGCUACCAAAUACACCAGUAGUGACAAUUACAGCAGAAGAUAAAGACUCGGGUAGAAAUGGAGAUGUCAGGUAUCUAAUCAGAGAGCAAGAGCCACCUGGCGGUCAUUUUGCUAUAGAACCUGAAACAGGAGUCAUAACUACCAUUAGAGAAAUUGACCGGGAAUACAGUGACACCUUUAUAUUGACUGUAGUGGCUUUCGAUCAGGCUCUUUCAGCGAAAGCCAGACUGUCCUCUGAAAAAACAGUAACUAUCAUCGUCGAGGACGUGAAUGACAAUGCACCAACUUUUGUAUCCAUGGACGCAGGCAUUUUGCCCGAGGCUUCAGAUCGUGGGUACAUCAUAAUGAAGGUAAGCGCCGAUGAUUCUGACACUGACACCAAUGGUAUGGUAACGUACGAAUUAGUGGAAGAAAAAGACAACACCUUCUUUUUGGAUGGAAUCUCCGGCGAAUUGUACCUUUCCCAUUCAAUAGAACAACCACAAGUUAUUUAUUCGUUAACAGUGGAGGCUACUGAUGAAGCAACCUCCUGGAAUGCUAAAACAUCUAGAAACAAAAUAACGAUAAUCGGGACGACUAAACGUGAACGAGGACCAGUGUUUACUGCUUCUGAAUAUUCUGGAUCAGUUUUUGAGAACGAACCAGUAGGUACUGUCGUGUUAUCAGUCCGAGCUCAGUACCCUAAUGGGCCUGCUGGAAACGUGGAGUACUACCUGACAGCGAUUUAUGGUAAUGGCCUGCCACAAAACCGGGUUUUUGCCAUCAAUAAAAAAAAUGGUGUAAUAACUACAGCAGUUAUUUUGGAUCGGGAAAACAACGCACAAGUUUACGAGUUAGAAAUUUAUGCUGUGGAUGUAACUGUAACAAGUCCCAAGACUUCGAAAACAAAG